GCAAAUGACAGCAUUUUUACUAUUAACAAAAACCCAAUGCUGCCAUCACUCUUCUCUUUCUCCGUCAUCAAAACAAUUAUUAUUUUUCUCCCCCUUGUUCGUUUUCCCGAUCCCUGGCCUGAUAAAUGGAUUCGAGAUAAUUUUUGUGGUAAAUUAGUUCAUGGGUCAUCAAACACUUCACCGUUCUUCCAAUUCCAUGGAUAUCGAUUCUUCUCAAAGCUCUAACUGGCUUUUAGAUUAUGAGCUCAUGAAUGACAUCUCCGAUGUCCCUGCUGUCGGAUUCACGCCGACACCGACUGCUUCCGCCACCUGUUUCAGUUGGCCUUCCCCUUCCCCUAUUAACUCUUACUCCAGUACAAGUGUUGAUCUUGGUAGUUGCUUGAAGGAUUCUGAUGGUCUGAAAGAAGGGGGGUCACGGAAAAGGUCAAAGCCUGAUUCAUGUGGUUCAUCUGCUUCAAGGGCAUGUCGAGAGAAGUUAAGGAGGGAUAAGCUUAACGAGAGGUUUAUUGAACUUUGUUCAACUUUGGAGCCUGGAAAGCCUCCUAAAACGGACAAAAUUGCGAUAUUGAGUGAUGCUGUUCGAGUUGUAAGUAGUUUACGUAGUGAAACUCAGAAGCUAAGGGAGACAAAUGAGGAUUUGAUUGAGAAAAUCAAGGAGUUGAAGGCAGAGAAGAAUGAACUUCGUGAUGAGAAGCAGAAACUAAAGGUGGAUAACGAGAAAUUGGAGCAUCUGGCGAAAACAAUGACUAUUCAACAAGGCUUUGUGAGUCAUCAUCCAUCUGCAGUUCAAGGUAACUUUGGAGCACAGGCUCAAGCUGCUGCUAACAAACUGAUGCCUGUUAUCGGUUACCCUGGUGUUGCCAUGUGGCAGUUCAUUCCUCCUACUGUGCUCGAUACUUCGCAGGAUCACAUUCUCCGUCCACCAGUUGCUUGAUUAAUCGAGCCAUCGUAUGUUUAAGACUAUAACCAAGUAAAAAUCUCCUGUUUAUUGUGUUGUGGUUAUUUAUGUCAUCCAUAACAUUGUCAGCUUAUUGAACUUAGGAUUGAACAAACUUAUAUCCUCAUCAGCAUCUCUGUUACUGCUGAUGAACUGUGUUUGUUAUGUGUAACAUAAAUAAAUGCUUUCUGUCUUUCAAUAAGAAGAUGAGACUGAAUGAUAACAUCAAGAUUUGUAUUUCAUCUGAA